GUUGCUUGACGGCAUCAUCGAUAAUUCCCUCGGCUCUACAUGGUCACUAUCAUUGAUUAAACUAGCUAUUAUCAUCACAGUAUCCACUACUUCAUACGUUCCCCUAAAUUUCAUCACCCACACAGCAGUGCCUUCAUCACCACAAAAGUACCCUCAAGAUGAGCGACUUCACCACAUCUCAAUGGUACGACGCCCACAGUGACCACAUACCUCACGAAAUCCGGAAACGCUUCCCUCAACCCAUGAUACGAGGCCUAGAUGGCCGCCCCGUCGCUGCUAGACUCAUCGUCUCACCCCAGCCUAGAGCCGUCUCCGGUGGGCUGAUCGAGUAUGCUGCUGUUAUUGCCGUCAACCCACGACCAGACCCGGCGCUCUAGGGGAACACCGUAGUGAACAUGAAGGUUUUUCACGUUGAAGACGAGGAAGAACAGCAACCGAAGGAGGUGGUGAUGAAGUCGGUAGAGCAGGUGGAUAAAGACGGGCAUGUGAUACACCACAUGGAUGACAGAGGCAACUACCUAGAUAAAGAAGGGAAAAUUCUCCCCCUGUUCCAUCCAGUCACCAGGCAGCCAGUUACUGUCCAGUCGGAACCUGUUCAGCAGAAACAAUACAUCCAUCAUUACAACGCCAAAAGCAAAGCCGUUACAACCAUCAAAGCGGACAUAACCGUGGAAAGAAACAACUCCGCGAGGCCUGCGCCCCCGUCUGAGAGGAACUCAGUAGAUCAAGAUGCGGACAAAGGUACCAUGAACCACGAAGACGGAGACAAUGUUAACCACAAAGACGAGGCCCCAGUUAUUGAGCAAGAUACUGUUGUCAAUCAAGACACCAUUGUUGAUGCAGACAUUAUCACCGACACCUCGACGCACCGCACCCCGUUUGGCAAGCGCGCCUCUCGCGGCCCGCUAUGGAUAGUACAAACGCUCAGUUCCUCCAAAUACGGCCUUCUUUCCAUAAACGAGAAUGAUUUGUAUUUCGUCUUUCACCACGUGAGGUUCCCGUGCAAACAGGGAAAAUACCGAGUUGUAUUCCAGGUGGUAGUGAACGAAUACCGGGAUGACCAAGAUAACAGGUUCCCGCCCGUGCAUAUGUGGCCGCAAGGAGAGUACCCAGGUGAGGAGAUAGCGAGGUCGUAUCAGAACUAUAAAGCGGGCGCGUUGGAGGUUGCGCACAACGUGGAAGUGAUAUGUUGUCCGCAAUGGACAAGGUGGCUUACUGCUGAUUAUUGGAGCCCGAUCCGGUAUGAAUACUUUAAAGCGCUUUGCAGUACUGCAGUCCCUUAUACCCCGGAGCGAUGGAGCAAAGAGAGGGAACGGCUGGCGUCGCUCCGGAGGUGUUGUCACGUCCAAAUGCUUCAAGCCCAAAUCGAAGCCCAAGGACCAGUCGACAAUGUUCAGAACCCUAUCCUAGUGCAAAACCAAUUGGAAGAAGAAAUGCGGGCCCUCGAUGCACAUGUUCAAGCACAGGCAAGGAAAGCAUUUCUCAACAAGCACUUGCCACGCAUUUAGUUGUCUCCCUUGGACAUUCAUGAUUCAAGGUCUGAUGUUGAUUGUGGUGGUGAAAGACUGGGCUCACGGACUAAUAAAGGGUGGCAUUUUGGACGUGGACAAAGGUGGUUGAUAUUCGUUACGGUAGGGGGAGGGUCAAGAUUCUGGAAGGUAGGAAAUCGUCCGGAUUGUUGGUCGUGGUGGUGAAAGGCUAGUUCUAUGGUCGUUUGACACAGGGCGGCAGUCUGGCUGAUGGGGUGGAAUUGUCAGUAAGCGUACCAUAUUGCAAAGUAGGUAUGUCCACACAGCGAGAUAGUAGCACAGCCGAAUAGAUUUGAAUCCUUUGCG